GCAAAUUAUUAUUAAUUAAGAAGAAGAAAAAAAAAACCUCCAACUUGGAUGGGUCGGAUCCACAAAAUGGGUACCCACAUAUGAAAGCUUUAUCUAUCCAUUGAUAACAAACGGGACCUCAAAGCCACAGCUGAGCGAUGUCGAAAACGAAGAAGCAGCUGUUAUCAUCAGCACCAUGGAGAGGCGACGACCAACAGCAGGAGGACAAGUUCCAAGACGCCAGGCUCAGGGCCACCAAGCAGCCAGGUUCUGCCUCCACCAUGUACGUUCCUCGCAAGAAGAGUGUUAAAACGCGCCCAAACGACAAGGACGACGACGACGACCAGUCCCUCUCUGAGAUUGAUCCUGAACUUCGCUACAGCUUCCAGCGUAAUUUUCAGUUUCUUCAACGAGUGUUUAGUAUUGACACCAUUGUGAAACCUCUUCCCCCUGCCAUGGCAUAUAAUGUUUCUCGCAACUUGAGCUUCUUCACGCGAAUUUUCACUCAGUUCUUUGAUCCUGAAGGUAUUGCAAAUGCCCAGAAAUCACUUGGACUUGGACAAGAAGAGAAAGUUCGCCGAGUGCGUUGAAAAUCCUGUAGUGAAAGUGCAUAGCCUCCUUUCUAUUCCAGACUGUAUUUUGUUUUUGAUUUCACUGGAUAACAUUUGACAUGUUGUAGUUUCUUCAGAAAAGAAAUUGAGACUCUAUCUCUAUCAUAUCUCACUUAGGCAGUUGAAUUCUAACGACUUACAAGAUCAGGGUCAAUCCAUUGGAAGAGGGUUUAAAGUA